AUGGCCUCCAUCAUCGUACCCAAUGCUCUUCCUACCACUGCCGAAGGUUCCAGCUUUGACAAGCUGCCCAAAGUUGAGGUCAAGUCUGUGGUGGAGGAUCCUUUACUUGCAAGUCGGCCCAAGUUUGAACUGAUUCCGCAAGUUUCCAUCAAGUCCGUUCCCGAAGAAAGCAAGUCAGAGGCGUCCGAUGAUGCUGUCAACACCUUGAUCUGCGCCCAUGCCCCCGUCCGCUCAACUUAUCAUAGGGAGGCUGUCUCCUUCCGUUCGGAUAUCCAAGUGCAUCUCAGAUCGGUACAGAAGACCAGCGACGAUAUGCUCUUCAGAAUCCGGGAGAUAGUCGAAAGUCUCGACAAAGCAACCCAUGAGAAGCUCCUCCACAAAGAGCAGUACGACAGUUUGUGCCAGAGAUACAAGGAUGUCACCGCCCGGUUUGAGAUCUCCACUCAAGAGUGCGUCACGUUGAGGACCAGACUCUACGAGAUGUCAAAAGCACGAGAUCGUGCCGAGAUCGAGCUCGAAGCUUUGAGUGGUCACCUCCUCGAGAAGGAGCACGAAUGUAUGGAACUCAAGGAAGAGACGAGCGUUCUCCACAAACAGAUUGUGUCCAUGGAGGCAACGUUGGUGGACAUCACUUCCAGACUGGUUGAGGCCGAAGCCACCUCUCGGAUCCGCCUUGAGGAGUACAACGCCGCCGUCAAAGAGCUCGAGAUCCUGAAAGCUUCCAUGUCUGUCCUCUUCACAGAAAAGGAGACCUUGGCCACGGAGCUCGCAAUCACACGCAUGCAGUUCAAGGAAGUUUCCUCCAAGCUUGAAGUGAUCAAACAGAAAUUCAUCAGCAUCGAGCACAAGUGUGGCUCUCUGGAAACGGAACUCAGGUCGAUCAAGGAAGAACUCAUCAAGGCGAAAGAGGCAAGAGAUAAGGCCAUUGCAGAGCGCAAGGAGGCUAUCCAUGAGCGUGACCUGGCGGUCCAACGUAUGGACGAGGCGAUCGAGGACAGGAAUGGUGCUAUUCGAGCGCGGGACAGUGCCAUCUUCGACUAUCAGAGUGCAAAGACCGAGCUGGUCCGGGACCAAACCUUGCUCAAGGACUACCAGCUGAACUUGGAAACGCUACAAUAUCGAUUCGAAAUUGUCAUCAAGGAGCGCGACUAUGCCGUGCAUAGCCAAUCCAGCCUUGAGCAUUUUCGGGACGAGCUUGUUGAGCAACUCAAGGAGGCAGACGGCCGGGCUCAUCACUUCAAGAUCGAGUUCGAGAAGGCUGUCGAGGCUAAGCAGCAUGCCCAGAAUGACGUCCAAAGCACCCUGAAGAAAAUGGAAGACCUACGCCAUGACAAGGACGUCCUUGUCAUCGAGCGAGAACAGCUCUACAUUCAGUUGAAGGAGUCCGAGGCUCGACGGAACGAAGCAAUUGCCAAGGAAUCCAAGGCAUUUGAAGAACUUCUUGAAGCCACCCAAGAGUGUGCAAGGAUGACAAAGAAGUAUGAGGACAUGGAAGAUGAGUACCAGAAGGCCGACAAAGAGCGCGCUAUCCUUGAUGAGAAACUCAAGAUCAUUGAAGCCGAGCUCAAAGCUGCCAAGGUGAAAGAGGCCUUGAUGGCUGACCAGCUCGAGCACGCCAAGGCAGACGAGAUCAAGGCACUCCGGGAGCGGAAUGAGAUGGCUGAAAAGCUAUCGGUGUCCGAAGAGCUCAACAAGACACUGAAGCAACAAAAAGAUGAGAUGGAGAGGCAGCUUCAGGCCAAGAUCAAAGAGCUGGAAGGCAAGUUGGUGCAGAGCGGAGAUGAGAGCACCACGCUCAAAGCCAAGAUCGACACACUCGAGAAGGCCUGUACAAAGGCUGAAGGCGAGAGGGACAACAAGAUCAGAGAGCUCGAAGACACGAAGCACCAGGCUGCCGACCAAAAGAACAAACUUGACAAAGAGAUUGUGGAUCUCAAGAACAACGUCGCAGAAGCCCAGAAGAAGGAGCGCGAGACUGAUAAGAUGCUGCAAGAGAAGGCUGGCGAGCUUGAGAAAGAGAAGGGAGCCAUGAAGAACUAUUCUGGCAAUGGUGAAGUGAGAGGCAACAUCUGGGUGAAGAACAUCAAUUACGGCACAAUGCGUCUCCCGGACAGCCACAAGGCAUACAAGAUGGCUCUUGACCGCUUCUACAAUUCAAAGGCCACUCCACUCAGAGCAGACAACAAAGUCCUCGGCUGCGAUCCUAACCCUGGUGUUCAGAAGACCUUGAUUGUACGCUGGGCUCAAAAGGACAAGGAAGGCAAAUGGGAAGACAAGAAGGCUCUCUUUGUGUGGGAGCGAGGCUUGACUGGUGAUGAGAUUGACUUUCCUGUCGUCGGAAAGGUUUAA